AUGUCCUUCUUCAACCCAACAGCCUCUACGUUCAUAUCUCUUGAGAAGAAGGUGCUUAUAUGCCCUGUCGUCAGCACUGCAAAUGUACCGCAACUUUCGGUCGAUUUACUCAUCGCGUCGCUUGGCCUACAAUGCAUCGGGAUAUUUGACCCACAGUACCUCGUACCCGCCAUUGGAGGACGUGAUGAUGACGAAACCGGUGUAACUUCGCCUCUCGAAUUGUACGGCCGCGAAGGCGUGAACGCAGUCAUCAUGCAACCCCGAUCACCAGUUCUUAAGUCUGCAAAAGAAGAGUACAUCGCCGCCCUCCUACAAUUCAUGCAAGAAUCACACUUUUCGGCCGUCCUCUUCCUGACAGGCGUGGACGUACAGAACCGUACGGACGAACAGAUGAUAUCAGCAACAUAUCACAUCGUCCCGCCCAACUCUCCACCACACGCCUCAACGUCGCUCGCCUCGCUCGCCCAAAUCCCAAUCUACACCUCCCCCGUGACACAACACCCUCUCCCACCAACCCAAUCGAACGAAGGUCCGAUCCCCUUCAUCCCCGGCGGCGGCCUCACUCGUCGUCUCCUGACUUCCUUACCGGCCCAAUUCGCCACCCCGACCGGCGCAUUACUCCAGUUCGCCGCAGAAGGCGAUAACAGGGCCGAUGCGGCCCAUCUUGCGCGGGUCGUGGACGGUGUGCUUGGACUUGGUGUCAAGGAGUGGAGGCAGCCGAAGGCGUGGACGCAAGGACUAUUCGGGACGCCGCAAGAUCAAACUCUGUAUGGUUGA